GGCGGAGCCUGGACCAUGGGCUCUGUCCGGAACGGAUACCGGGAGCGGCUGGUGCUGGCCGUGGAUGUGGGUAGCACUGUCCUGCGCUGUCACGUGUAUAACGCGGCUGCGGAGACUUGUGGGAGCGCGGAGGACAAGUGUAUAACAGAAAAUGUCUGACAUGUGAGAAGACUUGAUUGGUGGGGUCCGGGUGCUGAGACCACUAAAACGAACAAAAUAAAAGUGUUGUAUCCCCGUCGUGGACAUGUGGAGAUGGACCCCGAGGAGCUAUGGAAGCAGUUUGUGACUGUAGUAAAGAAGGCAGUGAAAGAUGCGGGUAUCCACUUGAAUCAAGUCGCUGGUCUUGGUAUCUCAACACAAAGGGCGACGUUCAUUACCUGGAACAAAAAGACUGGCGAGCCUUUUCAUAACUUUAUCAGCUGGCAAGACCUGCGGGCAGCGGAUCUGGUCAGUUCUUGGAACAGCUCCUUACUAUUAAAGUCAAUUCAUGGUUCCUGUAAAUUCCUCCAUUUCUUCACUCGAAGAAAACGUUUCUUAGCAGCAAGCCUGAUCAAUUUUACCACUCAGCACGUGUCCCUACGGCUGGUUUGGGUCUUACAAAACAUUCCUGAGGUACGCCAAGCAGCAGAAGAGGGCAAUUGUUGUUUUGGUACCAUUGACACUUGGCUGCUCUAUAAACUCACAAAUGGCUCUGUACAUGCUACCGACUACUCAAAUGCAAGUGGCACUGGAAUAUUUGACCCUUACUUGAUGAGCUGGAGCUCCUUCCUCUGCACACUCAUGUCCAUCCCCCUGUCUAUCUUUCCUCCCGUGGAGGAUACCAGUCACAACUUUGGAGAAGUGGAUCCAAGCAUUUUUGGAGUUGGGAUUCCUAUUCUGUCAUUGGUCGCAGACCAACAGGCUGGAAUGUUUGGCCAGUGCUGUUUUGAUGUGGGGGAUGUAAAGUUGACAAUGGGAACGGGAACAUUUUUGACAAUCAAUACUGGGAAUAAUCUGCACACUUCUAUAGAGGGCCUAUACCCACUAGUGGGUUGGAAGAUCGGCAAUGAGCUGGUGUGUGUAGCAGAGGGUAAUGCCUCCGAUACAGGGACAGCUAUCAAGUGGGCACAAGAGCUGAAUCUUUUCACAGAUUUUCCGGACACUGAAUUAAUGGCCAAAAAUGUCCCGGACAGUGAUGGGAUUUACUUUGUACCGUCUUUUACAGGCCUGCAGGCUCCAGUGAAUGAUCCCUACGCAUGUGCCUCCUUCAUGGGACUGAAGCCUUCCACCACAAAGUGCCAUCUCGUACGAGCCAUUCUGGAGUCAGUGGCUUUUAGGAAUAGGCAGCUCUAUGACACGAUGCAGAGAGAAACCUCUAUUAAAAUCUCAAAAAUAAGGGCUGACGGAGGAGUUAGUAACAACAGUUUCGUGAUGCAGAUGACAGCAGAUUUGUUUGGCCAAACCAUUGAUAAACCAAAACACACAGACAUGUCCUCCCUGGGAGCUGCUUUUCUAGCUGGUUUAGCUGUAGGUGUCUGGUCUACCAAAGAGGAGCUGAAGAAGCUUAGACAUCCAGAAGUCUUGUAUGAGCCACAGCUCAAACUCAAAGAUUAUGAGUCCUCCAUGUCUAGUUGGGAACUGGCAUUACUGCGAUGCUCCAACUGGUACAAUGACUCUUAGAAAAUACUAAGUGCUAUAACCUUUAUGUCCUGAGGACACUGGAGCGAUGACAUUUGGCAACUAUGGACACCAGGUGUAUUGUACCCAUCGCCUUUGAAGGAGACUAUGAAGGACAUGGCUGACACCGCUUACCUGAGAAAGAAAAGUAAUGUGAACCUAUCUCUGCCCGUACCUUUGUUUCACAUUAAUGUCAGAGUAGUGUCAUUUAUUACUGGAUUGGUAGAGUGCUCCUCUUCUAAGCUUUAAUGCUGCUUGUACAGUAAGUUACGUGCCUUGAUGUGGUGGCAAUUCCUUGGCCGGAAGGGAGUCUUUCAACACUAUUUAUAGCUCAUGAUGUGAUGUCUUCAAAACCUGCGCAUAGGUGGAUCUGAUCCAGACACAGUUGUUGCCUCAGAUGUUUUAGCUAUAGUUGUUGAAUAUAAUGGAUCCGCUGCCCUUGAUAGUUCAUGGUCUGUUAUCGCAUUUGGUCUGAAUAAUAUAUGUGAAGGCUUAGAUUUAUCAGAGUGUUCAUACUACAAAAGUUGUUCUUGUGACUUCAUUCACUACAGAAUUUUUUUUUUUUUUUGUGUUUUGGGUCUUAACGACAUCGGACGUAAAUGUAUGUCAUGGUGCGGUGGUACUUAACGCGCCAUGACGUACAUUUAUGCCAUGUGCGGCAGGUCCCGGUUGCUAUCAGCAGCCGAGGACCCGUUGGUAAUGGUGGACAUCAGCGAUUGUGCCGAUGUCUGCCAUUAACCCCUCAGAUGCCGUGAUCAAUGCAGAUCGCGGCAUCAUCGACAGUGCAGCACUUAAUAUGGAUGAUCGGAUCCCCUGCGGGGGUCUUCUGCUCUGGUCUGAGAUCGAGCAGACCAGAGCAGAAGAUGACCGAUAAUACUGAUCAGUGCUAUACCUUAUGCAUAGCACCAAACAGUAUUAGCAAUUAAAGGGGUUGUGCGGUGCCCUGCCUUUCGGAGCUCUGCUCACAGUGUCCGGAAGUUCAUUACUCUGAACGUUGUGUGCGGGCUUCCGUGUUCGCGGCCGCCGGGCGUGACGUCACGCCUGGCCCCUCGUGACGUCUCGCCUGCCCCCUCGUGACGUCACACCCCCUUCCCAUAGACUUUGGUAGAGGGGGCGGGCGUGACGCCCAGUGGCCGCGAACAUGGAAGCCCGCACACAGCGUUCGGAGUAAUGAACUUCCGGACGCUGUGAGCGGAGCUCCGAAAGGCAGGGCAGUGCACAACCCCUUUAACUGAUUUCUAUUAAUAGUCCCCUAUUGGGACUAUUAAAGUGUUUAAAAAAAAUAUAGUGAAAAAUCCCCUCCCCCAAUAAAAAGGUAAAACGUCAGUUUUUUCCAUUUUACCGCCAAAAAAAGUAGGAAAAAAAUGAAUAAACAUAUUUGGUAUCGCCACGUGCAUAAAUGUCUGAACUAUUAAAAUAUAAUGUUAAUUAUCCCGUAUGGUGAACAGUGUAAACGUAAAAAAAAAAGUCAAAAAUUGCAGCUUUUUUGACACAUCAUAUUCCAAAAAAAUGUAUAAAAAAUUUAUUAAAAGUUUUAUAUACGCUAAUGUGGUAUCAAUAAAAAGUACAGAUCACGGCACCAAAAAUUAGCCCCCAUACCGCCGCUUAUACGGAAAUAUGAAAAAGUUAUAGGUUGUCAAAAUAGAGGGAUUUUAAAUAUACUAAUUUGGUUUUAAAAGUUUGAGAUUUUAAGUGGUACAUUUAAUAGAAAAGUAUGUAAUCAUGGGUAUCAUUUUAAUCGUAUUGACCCACAGAAUUAAAAAAAAAAAAAUGUAAUUUUACCAUAAAUUGUACAGCAUGAAAACGAAACCUUCCAAAAUUUGAUAAAUUUCGUUUUUCUUUUCAAUUUUGCUACACAAAUAGUAUUUUUUGGGUUGCACCAUACAUUUUAUGAUAUAAUGAGUUAUGUCAUUACAAAGGACAACUGGCCGCGCAAAAGUCAAGCCCUCAUACUAGUCUGUGGAUGAAAAUAUGAGUUAUGAUCUUUAGAAGGCGAGGAGGAAAAAACGAAAAUGCAAAAAUAAAAUUGGUCUGGUCCUUAAAGGGGUACUCCGCCCCUAGAUAUCUUAUCCCCUAUCCAAAGGAUAGGGGAUAAAAUGUCUGAUCGCGGGGGUCUGCUGCUGGUAACCCCCGUGAUCUCGGCUGCAGCACCCCGCUGUCAUUACUGCACAGAGCUAACUCUCUCCGUGCGUAAUGACGGGUGAUACAGGGGCCGGAGCAUCGGGACGUCACAGCUCCGCCGCCUUAAUGCAAGUCUAUGGGAGGGGUGGGCUAUGAUGUGACGAGGGGGCGGAGCCAUGACAUCAUGAUACUCCGGCCCCAGUAUCGCCGGUCAUUACGCACAGAGCGAGUUUGCUCUGUGCAGUAAUGACAGCGGGGUGCUGCAGCCGAGAUCACGGGGGUCCACAGCAGCGGGACCUCCGCAAUCAAACAUUUUAUCCCCUAUCCUUUGGAGUCCUUAAGGGGUUAAGUGUUCCUUAAAUAUUAGGCAGUUAUAUUAUAGACAAUAUCCUUACAUAUUGUUAGUAGCAGAAUCAUGUCCUGCUACAAGUGAAGCGAGUUGAACCUGAAGGAUGGCAGCCAGGGGGGAAUCGGAUUCCUUUUAUACAGCAAUCUCCAUCUCUUUAUGGAAAAGUCUAUGUAGCAGAUCUUCAAAUCUCUGGGACUUGAUGCAGAUAAAAAAAUGUUUUUUUCCCUUAACCGAGCAACACCGCAGUAAUGCCCUGUUUACACUUCAUGCAAGUCAGGGGAGGUAGACCUCUGUUUUGGGAUCACUCUGCAUGCCUCCUUUUUGGCAUACGCCUUGUUUUGGUGUCACACCGUAAGCCAUUCUUUUGACGUAUGCCUCUGUUUCGGCAUUAUGCCGCAUACCUCUAUUUUGGCAUCGCUCAGUAUGCCUCCAUUUUGUCGUAUGCCACCCAUUGACUCCAAUUGUAAAGAAACAAAACAUACAAAAAGAAAAAGAAACAGUGGUGGGCUUUUGUAUGAAAAAUGUAGCCUGCUGUCGUAUACACCAAACAUUGAGCUUAUGAGACAUUUAGUCACAUUAAGUUACAUGGAAAAAAUCUAUAGUGUUUCUGAAGGAGUCGGAAAUGUUUUUUCCUCUAGGUUUUCAAUAUUCUUUUUCGGCCAGUAGUUCUAUACUGUAACCUUAGGACACAUUCAUAUCGCUGUAAUGUGGCUACAGGUAACAGCUGUAUCUAAUGUGCCAAGAAUGGGACCGAAUACCAGGACAAACUAGAAAACCUGGCCUAGAGGUUCUCUUGCUGCACUUCACUUUAUUACUGGAUAGUGAACAUAUUGUUCGCUAUUAUCAGUCAUUUUACGCACUUGAGGGGAUUCUUUGAAACUAAGGAGCACUUUCAUGGGAAGUAGAAAAGUUGUCCCUUUUGGUAGUUAUUAUUAAGAUUUAAGAUAUGGAUUUGACUAUUUUUGCCUCUCUGAGCUGGUGCAAAGGAUGAUAAAUUCCCUUAGAGUUGCCUUAAGUCAUUGUUUCCCAACCAGGGUGCCUCCAGCUGUUGCAUAACUACAACUACAAUGAGGCUAAGAUAAAACUUAACUUUUACUUAAAUGAGUAGAUAACAACAAAUAGGGUACACACAAAUGGACAUAAAUAAAUGGGGAUAGGGAUGAGUGGUACAGGAGAAGCCCUAACCUAAAGACCCUAAUAUAUAGAGGAAAUCGUCAUUUCUAGGUGUGGAAAUGGGGAGAGGGAUAAUUGACAAAAAUUACAAUACAAUGACAAGUGGCAGACCUACCUCUCUUGCCAACGCGUUUCACCUCUAGCGUCACAGGGGCUCAUCAGGGAUAAGAGGAAACCACAGUAUUAUAGAUGUAGGUAGAUACAGUUUACCACAUAGAUAGUGCUAAUGUAGUUCGACAUAUUACAAUAAAUGGAACAGAUAGGUGUCCAAAGGAGUUUUAAAGAAUGUGAAAGGGAGUCUGGGUCAGUCAGUCAGAUGUACGUCACAAACAUACGAAGAAUACAAUACUGGAUUUAGAGAGUACUAGAGAUGAGCGAACUUACAGUAAAUUCGAUUCGUCACGAACUUCUCGGCUCGGCAGUUGAUGAC